CGUCAAUUCAAGGAUCUCACUCGGUUAAUCUCUUUGGUGAUUGUAGAAGACAUCCCAUGGAAGGCCAUGGCUGAUUAUCUGAUAAUCCUUAAGGGCUAUCGCUUAACAAUACUUGUUUUACCAUAGUAUGUGUCUUGUUGCGCAGCAUGUUUAACUGUGGGGUAGCUUUCUGAAGGGAACCAUGUGCGCGGAGGUGUUCAACGGAAAAAAGAGAGACGACAUACGCCACUUUCUACUGUAUUAGAAGUAGUGGAUGUGAACUACGAGGACGACGGGACCAUGUCGAUAAUGUACAGCACCGGUGGUAAACGGUAUUAUUCCGCAAGAGGUCCUCGGCCGAGCUCAGUUACUGCAUAACAUCCCACGCGCUGAAGGAGCAUAGGGAUCAUAUCAUCGAGCAACUGCAAAUAUCUCUCAACAGAAUGAAGCUUGGGUUAACCAACCCUAUGUUACAACACUGUUUCAUUCCAGCACAUGUCGCGGUUGUUCCCCAUGAAAUAAACAAUACAUCGGGGGACAAUAUCUACCCGCGGGGAUGCUACCGAAUCAAGGUUCGCAUGAUUCCUUCCUGCUUCGAGACCGGCCACGGGUCAAAGAUAGCAACAAGUUACCUGCUCUGCGGAAACGAUAAAAAUGAAUGGCAUCUUUUCUACGAGCAUGGUCCCGAUAAUUUCUCUGCCCAGCAUCCCGAGGAGUCGAUGAGAGCCAUUCCGCCUUCAAUGCGUCUCCCAUCUCGUCCGUCAACUGGUCCAACGCGUCCAUAUAUUCCGCAACAUCGAACAUUCUGCGACAUACUAUAUGGAAGUAGAUGGAACGUGGUACAAGGUGGAGUGGAGCACAUAGAGAGCGACUUAACGACGACGAAAGUUUCGCCCGAAGACAUCCCCGGCAGUUUGCGAACUGCGAACGUUAUCGAUAGUUAGCGUGAAUGAUACUGCAUCUUAAUGAGCGUUUGAUAAGGUGCUGCGAGGUAAUGGAGAGUAGGGAGGUCGGGAUUAAGGACAUCUGACCAAAUGGCUCAAUCACAAAUCGAUAAUGACACUGAUACACAAUCCCACGAAUAUCACUUUGUCACCUUCAUAAUCCCCAACACCCACGCCCCAGAACAAACCCCAUUAGAAACAUUUAAAACCCCAAAACAAACACUCGAAAAACUCGCCGGAUUCGAGAAUGUCGAUCGUCUGGUUCCUUCUUCGUUCUCUCCAUUUACCACUAAGCCAAUGUCAGUUAUCAUAUGAUCUAUGAUAGGCAGCCAUACCAGGAUGGUCAAGAUGGUCUCAUGGAACGCAGACCACUUUUAACAAAUGCCUCAAUUCAAAGUCGGGUCUCGGUUCCUGCUCUCCAAGAUGUUCAUAGCAUGUGAUGGUCCCAACCGAGAAUGUGAUCCUUCUCAAAUGUAUUACAUUGUGAUUGGCGAUGCAGCAUUUUGC